AUGGACCAUCCAAAGGACCCAAAUUUGAAUGAGAUCCAUGACUUCUUGGUGUCAUUGGCCUUCAAGGCUGGGGACAUCAUUAACAAUGCACUUCCAGAAACCAAUGACACUGGGUCCAAAAAGAACAGUGCCGAUCUCGUCACGGAAUAUGAUCGUGCGGUUGAGGAUAUGAUAUCGACCUCACUCAAGGAGAAGUACCCAAAUUACGACUUCCACGGCGAAGAGACGUAUGACCAAAACCGCCCAUUGACUGAUGCUCCCACCUUUGUUGUGGACCCAAUUGAUGGAACGGUCAACUUUGUACAUGGCUUCCCAUUUGCUUGUGUUUCACUCGGUUUCGCCAUUGGUAAAAUCCCAACCGUGGGUGUGGUAUAUAACCCAUCUACCAAAACCCUUUAUUCCGCUAUCAAAGGUCAAGGGGCUUACCUCAACCGUGAAACUCGUCUGCCGCUAAAGGGCUCCAAUAUGGAGCCCCUAGCCGGGCUGACCAAUGCCCUGAUUGCCAUUGAAUGGGGUUCAGACCGCAGUGGUAUCAACUGGGAGACCAAGGUUCGGACAUUCGAGAAAUUAGGUCAGUCCAAGGAGAAUGGCGGGGCAAUGGUACGGUCUUUCCGGAGUUUGGGCUCUGCGGCCUUGAAUCUGUGUGCUGUGGCAGAUGGCACGCUGGAUUUGUACUGGGAAGGUGGAUGCUGGGCCUGGGAUGUCUGUGCAGGAUGGGUCAUUCUUGCCGAAGCUGGUGGUAUCAUGGUGGAUGGUAGCCCGGCAGGGUGGGAGCCUCGUCUGGACGGAAGAAAGUACCUUGCAGUCCGAGGUUCCCCCAACCGAGUGGGACAAAAGGAACUUGUCGAGGAGUUCUGGAGCUAUAUUCAAGGUCCACUGGAGUAUUGA